AUGGAUAAUUCUUCAGUUAAUUAUUGUAAUAUGCUACUAAAUAAAAUUUUCGGAUCUAGUAUUGAAAAAUAUUUUAAAAUAGUUAAUGUUUCAAUAAUCAUAAUUUUAAUGACAGUUUUGCAUUAUAUAUAUUCCUUUGAUGAAAAAAGUACAUAUUAUAAUGAUAAUAUUCUACUACGUAUGUAUUAUGGAUUUUUAUUUUGUCUUAUAGGUUUUGCUAUAAGUAUAAACUGGAUAUAUUAUGAAUAUAUAAAAAAUAAAAAAAGUAAAAAAAAUAAAAAUGAUCAACAAUUAGAAACUAAAGACAGUAAAAAAAAGGAUUAA